AUGACAGAAAAGAAUGUAUCAAUAAUUUGUCAGCUUUAUAGAAAUAAUUUACAGAUGAAAAGUCUAUUAUAUCACAGCAAUUCCACUAGCAUCUGAGAGUUUUCCAUGAUAAUUAAUAAAUAAAGAAAUUAGAGAAUUUUAAUAUUGAUUUUGGAAGAAUUGUUGCUCGUAUUUGUUAGUAGAGAGCAAUAUUCUAAGAUUUUAUCGUAGAAUAUCUGCAGAUUUUCUAAGACUGUAAGGAUGGAGAGCCUUGAAAUGUAAUUUUUGUUAUGACUUAAAGAAUCUAUCAAAUUAGAUACAUGAAUUCUAGUAGAAGUAUUAUGCAAAUCCUUCAUUUGCAGAAAUGACAGUCAAAAAGUUAUUGAAUUUAGUUUCUUUUUGGAUGCUUUUGAGCAUAUUGGAAUUAGAGAGAGUGUUUGAUAAUCGUUGGCUAUGA